AUAGACCACAGAGACAGUCACUUCAACUGCCAACUGUAUGACAUCAAAACAUCGGCAGUGUUAUGAAAUAUCUUAUUUAAAUGCAUAUUAAAUAUAGACAUGUAUAUUUCGUUUAAACAGUCAAAAAUAAUGUCAGUUACGCAGAUUACAGUCAAAGAGCAAUGCACGAUUACAGCCAAAUCUUGCUAAAAGCACAUCAGCUGUGUUUGCUGUCUUGAACACACCCCGCUGGGUACCACGGUACACUCGUUCACGGGAAUAAUGGCUGCACAGGAGCCUUCUCCACCAUCUUCACUGGAGGGCAAUAAACCGGGCUUCCCCAAGAAGAUUCUGGCAAACAACCUCGAAGACAAACACUUGUGCAAUUCAUGCCAGAAAAUACUGAGGAAGCCAUUGCAAGCUCAAUGCGGUCACCGCUUUUGUUCGUUCUGUUUCAACAAAAUUUUAAGUUCUGGACCACAGAAAUGCAGUGCUUGCAUCAAAGAGGACUUGUUUGAGGAGCCUACUUCCAUUCUCAAGCAAGGUGGUGCAUUUCCAGACAAUGCAGCGCGAAGAGAAGUGGAGGCCUUGGCAGCUGUCUGCCCCAAUGAAGGAUGCACAUGGACGGGAACAAUCAAAGAAUAUGAGGUCAGUCAUGAGGGAAACUGCGACUUUAUGAUCAUCCUCUGUCCUUCCUGUAAAGAGCUGAUGAGAGCCAACGAGCAGGAGCGCCACAAUGAGCGAGAAUGUCCAGAGAGGACACUUAACUGCAAAUACUGCAAGGAACCUUUCCUUUUGAAAAACAUCAAGGCUCAUGAUGAAAUUUGUCCAAAGUACCCUAUGAUUUGUGAAGGUUGUGCAAAGAAAAAAAUACCAAGAGAAAAGUAUGUGGACCAUAUUAAGUUCUGCAGUAAAUUUAAGGCACCAUGCAGAUUUCAUGUGGUUGGUUGCGACAUGUCUGUGGAAAAAGAGAAGAUCCAUGACCAUGAGCGAGCAUGUUCCUAUGAGCACCUGAACCUGCUCUUGCACUUCAUCAUGGGCAUUAAGGUUAGUCUGGAGAGCCUGCAGCCUCAGAGCUUGGAGGUGGCUAGCCACAAGCUGCAGGAGCUCCACCAGUCCCUCAGGGACCUGGAGCUGAAACUCAGUCAGUUGGGUGGGGGUGGUAUCGCUCCCGUGCAGGGUGCCUGCGCCCCAACCCUCGCCACCUCCUUCACUCCAUUGCCCAGUGCCAUGGGCGCUGCCCUGGAGCUGCAGCUCCACAGUGAAAAGACCAAGGUGAUUGAGUUGAGCCGGCGCUGCCAGGAGCUGGAGCUUAAAGUGGGCACCUUCGAGAACAUUGUGUGUGUCCUCAACCGAGAGAUGGAGCGCGCCUGCACCACCAUGGAGGCCUACAAUCGCCAGCACCGCCUGGACCAGGACAAGAUUGAGAUCCUCAACAACAAGGUGCGUCAGCUAGAGAGAACAGUAGGUUUGAGAGACCUGUCCAUCGUGGAGAUGGAGGGGAAGAUGAGGGAGAUGUCAGCAGCCACCUUUGAUGGUAUCUUUGUAUGGAAGAUCUCCGACUUCACCAAGAAGAGGCAGGAUGCUGUUGCUGGCCGGGCCCCUGCCAUGUUCUCACCCGCCUUUUAUACAAGUAAAUAUGGCUACAAGAUGUGUUUGCGGAUCUACCUGAAUGGGGAUGGGACGGGCCGCGGUACCCACUUGUCUCUGUUCUUUGUGGUGAUGAGAGGGCACAGCGACGCACUGCUGAAGUGGCCAUUUAAUCAGAAGGUCACCCUAAUGCUGCUGGACCAGAACAACCGGGAGCAUAUAAUUGAUGCCUUCCGGCCCGACAUCUCUUCUUCGUCCUUCCAGAGACCUGUCAGUGACAUGAACAUCGCCAGCGGUUGCCCGCUCUUCUGUCCACUGUCCAAGCUGGACUCUAAAAACUCCUACAUACGUGAUGACACCAUCUUCAUCAAGGCCAUUGUGGACCUUACUGGUCUCUAAGCAGAGGAUGGAAGGCAUAAAUCCAAUCCCACCCGCUAUUGCUACUACCCCAUUUGAAUUUGACAGACUUUUGUAUCACCACUAACUGGCAUUUCGUUUUUGGGUCUGUUCAGUUGUUUUGGUUUUGGUAUGGAUUGGUGAUGGCUAUACAACCAGGGCAGGAAACUAGUGGGUUUUGACUACCAGCCACAUUGGGUGGUAAAUUCCAAAAUUCCCAGCCAUUUAGGCUGUUUUACCAAUCAAACUGUUGUUUUGUUUUGUUUUGUUUUGUUUUGUUUUGUAAUCAAAAAAAACAACAACAAAAAAAAAAAAAACUUGCAAA